AUGCUUACAUUAAAAAAGGCAUAUUAUUAGAAUCUUUAGAUUAAAAAUAAUAAGCCCUUGAAAAUUAUAAUCAAGCUAUCGAGAUUGAUAAAAAUAAUUUUUUAGCUUAUAAUUAUAGAGCUGAUUAUUGGAAUUCAAUCGAUGAGAAGGAGAAAGCAAUUGCUGAUUAUGAUUAAGCAAUUUCAUUAGACCCUAAAAAUGCAUUAACAUAUUUCAAAAGAGCUAAGCUGCUCUCAGCAGUCAACUAGAAAGAUAAAGCUAUAGAAGAUUUCACAAAAUCUUUACAAAUUGAUCCCGGAUAGAGUUCAAUUCUAAUGUAUCGAGGGGAUUUAUUCAAAGAAUAAAAUUUAAUUUCUUAGGCAAUUCAAGAUUAUUCAGAUGCUAUUCAAAUUUGUCCUAAUCAAACACAGAUAUAUAUAAAGAGAGGUAUUUAACCACCUUCAGAUUACAAAAAGGCUUUACAAGAUUAUAAUUAUGCAAUCGAAAUUGAUUCAAAUUGUUUUGAGGCUUUUUAUUAGAGAGGUAUUACUCUUUCUUAAAUUAGCAAUACUGAACAAAUGCAUUUAUAGAAACGAUCUUGCAAUUGCUGAUUUCAACAUAUGUAUUUAAAUAAAUCCAAAGAGCGAACUUGCAUAUAUUUCUAAGGGUCAUACUUAAAUAUUUAUAAUAGGUUUAAUAUUGAACGAAAUGAAUAAGCCAGAAUAGGCAGUAAUAGAAUACAAUAAAGCCUUAUUGAUAAAUCCAAAUAAUUUCAAUAUAACCCUAAAAAGAGCUUAUGCUUAUAUUUUAAUGAAACUUUACAAAUAAGCUUUAAACGACUUCUCAACAGUGAUCGAAAUGUACCCAAAUGAAUCGAGUUAUUAUACUAGUAGAGGUUUAUUGAUUAUGUAUAAUAUAGCGAACCUAUUGUUUAAUAUUGGUUAAAAGGAAGAAGCUUUAAAAGAUUAUAACAAAGCUAUAGAAUUGAAUCCUAAAGAUGCAACCUAUUAUUAUAAUAGAGCCGUCUUUUACAAUAAAGUUAAUUUGAAGGAGAUGUCACUUCAAGAUUACAAUAUGACUAUCGAACUAGAUCCGAAAAAUUAUUCUGCUUACAAUAACAGAGGCCUUUUACUUUAGAGUAUUGGCAAGAAAGAUGAGGCUCUAUAAGAUUUUUUAAAUGCAAUUAGACUAUGUCCUGAUCAUCCUUUAUAUUUGGCAAACUUAGGAGAUCAAUAUUAUUCUGAUCACUAAUUUGAAUUAGCUAAUCAAUAUUAUAAAUAAGCAUAAACCCAAAUAGAAUGUAUCUCACUUUAAAAAUUAAAUUAAUUAAGAUUGAAUAUUGAGCAUUUAAAUUUUAUUAAAACAAAAGUCUAAUUAAUAACCUAGAUUGAAGAUGAAAUUAAAAAAAUGAAAAAAUAAAUAGAAUAAUUGCCUAAGACAAGCUCAAACAAUGAAUAGAUUAAAGAAUGCUUAGAAAAAGUGUCAACUAUAGAAAGGUCUUUAUCUUAUUCAGUUUUACCGUGCAAUCAGGAAUAGCAAAGUGAUGCACAACAAACGAUAAUUUCGUUUUAUUAAUAAAUGUAGAAAUAAUUGAAAGAACUUUAUGUCAAACUAGAUUAAUAGGAUAAAGUUAUCAAUUUAUUAGUCUAGUAAGAUUAGUUUAAAAUAGAAUAAUAAAUGAAAGAAAUAAAACUACCAUAAAAUAAGCAUCAAUUUACAUAUUUCCGAUCUUUGUUUUGGCAUUUAUAUUAUUACUUACAUGCAAUGUCAGAGAUUUCUACUAAUUUGUUUUAAGUGAAUACAAAUGCUAUGAUAGAAAGUUCAUCUGAAAAAGUUAUAAAUCUUGUCAAAAAAACAUUUAAUAUAGGAACGAAGGUUUUAGAUAAAGUACAUAUCGCCGCACAUGCAUUUCAUAUUAUUAAUGAAGCAUUAAAUAUUGUAGUAGAUCAUAAAAGGGAGGAAAAGUUUAAAAAAAGAUUAAUGCUCUUAACUAAUAUAUUAAAAUUGUUUGCUAUUACACCUACUGAAUUAGAAAGAGAGGUCUAAUUUACUGCCAUUGAACUAAGUAGAACUUAGUAAACUGGGUUGAAAGAAAAUUAAAAUUCACGAUUCAUUGAAUUUAUUAAGAAAUUGGCUGAGGAAGAAAGUAUCUCAGAGGAGAAGAGCAAGGAUAUUUUUUGGAAGAAAGGAAUUGAAGAUACCUUCAUUAUUUUACGAUAUUUAGAAAAGUUUAAUUAAAAAAUUAUACAAGAAGAUCAAAAUAAAAAAUUAAGUGAAGUAUUUUUGGAAGCCAUCAAAUUCAAUAUAAUUGAGGAAAGUAGCAAAAAACAAAAAGAUCCAUCAUAAACAUAAAUGAAAUAAAAAAAGCCUAAAAAAAAAUUUUAAGAAGCAUGUAAUAUUUAAUGA